CGAUGUGUUGCCGAGCAACGGUAGAUUCAAGGGUGAGGAAAAAAAAAUAACCGGGCCGUUAUGGUAUAGACUUCACAGUUAUGGACCUUUUCCAGAGAAACCUGUGGAAGUAGGACUCAGGCAAUUCAUAAAUGCUUACUGGAUUCUUCUCUGUCAGCACAUCACAAGACUCCAGGAAAACGGGAUAGAGAGAAAGAGGCUUUGUAAAACCACCUCCUGUUUGGGCCAAGCAGCAAGAGGAGCAGAAAAGAGAGACAUAGAAACACCCUGCACCAUGAGCCAGAGAUGUGGCAGGUCCUCACCAGAGAGAAGUGAUUUAUAUAAAGAGCAGUCAAAAGCAGCAGAUGGCAAGUGUUUCUGUUUCAACGCACAGAGUGGGAACUCGAAAUAUUUUAAUCAACACAAAGACAAGCAGCACAAAAUAAGACGUCUGAAGACCAGAAAGGAAAGAUAUCAGAAGGCUGGAAAAGGCACCUCAAAAAACAAGGCACACCUCCGCGACUGUUUUUGCCAGAGCAGGAAAGACUUGACCUUUUUCCCAAACUGUUGUCAAUGUCGUCAUUUGCCAACAAGGAAAAAAACACCAAUUUCAAGUGCUCCUCUCGUUACACAGGAGCCAAGUAUUAUCACGGAUAGCCGUCUUACAGGACACCAUGGUCUCUUUAAUCAUGAGGUAAAGUCCAUUGACAUUGAACGCCUGCUAAGAAAGAACUGUUUACUUCAAAGAGAACAGAAUACAGAGGAGGUAAAGGAUUACUCCUCAAAUUUAUCUCCAACAACUUGCAGUCCUGUUCUGCUGUCCAGUGAUGGUUUGCUGGGUGCUAAUGUUGAAGGAUGUAUGGCAAGUAAAAAGAAAGUGAAUGCUACUACAAAAACUCACGAUGACUCCCAAGAUAUAGAAACGAUAAACCUUCAGUCCAGCAAUAAAGAGACAGUUGUAACACCAGGAGUCCUACAACUUCACUCCUCUAGUGAAAGUCGUAAAAGCCUUAACCAAUCUAAAGACAGCAUCCAAACAACCAAGACUAAAAGUACAGAUAAGUGUUUGUCUGGAAUGAACGAAGCCUUCUAUAGGAAACCUUUUGACAAUCGAGAUAAAAUCAAUACUUUAAACAGGACAGCAAAUGAGAUGAUUUGUGAUCAAAAGCAGCUUUAUAAGAACCAGGACACUCAGACUAGAGAGAAUGAUCUAAUAUUAAGUCCAUUUGGACAGGUUCCCUCCCUCUCUGACAAAGAUCCUGACCUUAUUUUAAAGACCACACAUGUAUUGGCUGCACGUUUGUCAGAGUCCCUACAUCUUCCAGUUUCAAUCAGGAGAAACCCGUUGUCAGAAAGCAAAGAGGUUUUGCUAAAAUCCCUGCAGGAGAGACAUGGACCGUGCCUACAAGAAAACCUAAAGGAGCUACAGAGAUCUCUGGGAUUUCUUAUAGAGCCUUCAAAGGCAACACUGGAGAAAGAAAAAGACGUGAUGGGAGAAGAUUACCUUUUCUCUACAGAUACAUCUUUGAAAACCACAGGAAGUGAAAAUUUUUGCAGGAAAUCCAGUUCACAGUCACGUCACAGUCUACAGCUGGUUGCUGAGGAGGUGGCAAACCCAGCUGAUUCCUUUGUCAACAUUCUGGAUGAAACCUUUAGACCUGAUUACUCUCCUCGAGUCUUCAUGGACUUUGAGCCUUCUGGGACCUCAGUAAAUGACUUGUUUACUCACUAUCAAAUAUUACCCAAAGGAGAAAAUGUCUCAAGGCCAGAGUGUUGGGAAGAAACCAAAUCUAAGACUCAAGAGUCAGCUAUGCACAAUUCAUUUCAAAGCCAAUUUUUGAACCAGUCUUGGAAGUCAAGACAGUGGAUUAGUGAGCAGCAGCCACAUCAUAGCAAAGUCCAGCAUUUCUUUCCAUACCAAGAUAGACAUUUAGCAGCUAUGCAACAAGAUGGACAUUUAGCAGAUACGCAACUUUUUCCCCAGGAACAGAACGAAUCUGAAACUGACAGAUUUUAUUCUGCGCCUGUCUACCAAUCCAAAAGUCACAGUCGCCCACAGAACAAUCUCUUGCAGACUUUUGGUCAGCUUUCGCCUUUUCACCCAAACUUCAGGUCCAAUCCUGCGGACAUGAUGGACUAUCCCCCAUCCCACAUGCUUGAAAAAAGUCUGGCUCCUCGUUCUUCAUCCUUACACAGCCCUGAGCACUGGUCUUUUCCUCCUAUGAGACUGUACUAAGAUGCUGUUGAUGUCUAGAUAGAUGACUGCCUGCAAAAAUUUCUCUUAAGAUUUAAUACCAUCAAGAUAAAGUGUGCCUGUUUGCUUAUUUGAAUCAUAUUAAAUGGAAAGUUUAUAUAGAUAUAGAUAUAUAUGUCAUCAUAAACAGUUUCUUUCAUUUUCAUAAAAGGCAACAACAAAUUAUGCAAGGUUUGCAUCUUUAAAGCAUGUUUUAUUAUGCCAAACACUGCAUAACAUAUAAAACAGCAAAAAAAAUACAGUUCUCUGUAGAGUGGGGGUUUUCUUUAUAAAAAAAAAAAAAAUGCUGUUUUGAAAGUUUCUUUACAUUUAUUUAUUUUUAUGUACAGAGGGCAGCAUUUAUUGAAAGUGUACAAAGUAAAAAUUAACUUUGAAAGACAGAUAUAAAUUGAUCAUCCAACAUUAAAUGCUAGUGGUGUUUUUUCUGGAAAAAAACAACAUAUUAGAGCUGAUAUCAAAAUGUAGUUUUUCUUUCAGUCAACACAGGAAAUCAUUUUAAGGUAAACAAAGAUUGUUUUCAUCUGACAGGAGUUUUUCUUUUUUGUUGUUGGUGGGAGGAAAGUCUUCGUCUGUCUCAUUGUGUUCUGUUUCCAGUGCACUGCCUGUUCUGAUUGCCCUGCGAAGCUGAUUCCAGAACAGCUCUUGGGCCUGUGAAGGAUUUGUGCAGUCAGAGCCAGGCCAUUGAAGAUAGGUCUUUUUUAACAUAACUUUUCUCAUGCGGUGAUAGGAUGACAUCUGUCUGUCAGAGAUCGGCUCCAGAAACACGAGCAGUAGAACGUCCCUGUGCUCAUCAAACAGCCUGUAACUUGCCAGCUGGAUUUCCAAUGAGCACCAUUCACUCCGUAGAAAGUUAUUGCUUACCACACAGAUAGUUUUCCUGCUGCUGUACACUGCAGUGACGAUGUUGUCCACAAUGUUACGACCCAACUCAAAGUCCCUGUGAUGCAGGCAGAGCUUAAAAGACGAUCCAUUUCCCUCCAAGUUGGGCAGCAACUGGUUCAUGACCCACUCUUCAUCAGAGAAAUUAUAGGAAAUAAAAGCAUCAUAUUUGCAUUUUUCCUCCUUCUCUCUGAGU